AGCGCGGGAGGCGCCGGACGGACGCUCGGGCGGCGCGAUGGGGCGUGGGAGCCCCGGCCCCGGCCCCCGGCCCGCGCCUCUGCCGCUGCUGCUGCCGCUGGUGGCGCUGGCGGCCCGCGGGGUCUGCGCCGCGCCCGCGCCCCGCGCCGAGGACCUCCGCCUGGGAGUGGAGUGGCUACGCAGGUUCGGCUACCUACCCCCAGCAGACCCCGAGACCCAGCCGUUGCAGACGCCGGAAGAGCUGUCCAGCGCCAUCUCCUCCAUGCAGCAGUUUGGAGGCCUGGAGGCCACGGGGCUGCUGGAUGAGGCCACGCUGGCACUGAUGAGGACCCCGCGCUGUUCCCUGCCCGACAUCCUGGCAGACUCCAGUUCAGCCCGCAAGAGGCGCCAGGCCCCAGUCCCUGCCAGGUGGAACAAAAGGAGCCUGUCCUGGAGGGUCCGCACGUUCCCCCGGGACUCGCAGCUGGGCCGGGACACAGUGCGGGCGCUCAUGUACUACGCGCUCAAGGUCUGGAGCGACAUUGCACCCCUCGACUUCCACGAGGUGGCCGGCAGCGCAGCUGACAUCCAGGUGGACUUCUCCCGGGCAGCACACGAUGACCGUUUCCCCUUCGACGGCCCCGGGGGAGCCCUGGCACACGCCUUCCUGCCUGGGGACCACCGCACUGCGGGGGAUGCGCACUUUGACGACGACGAGGUCUGGACCUUCCGUUCCUCUGAUGCUCACGGGAUGGACUUGUUUGCCGUGGCUGUCCAUGAGUUUGGCCACGCCAUCGGCCUGAGCCACGUGGCCGCCGUGCGCUCCAUCAUGCAGCCCUACUACCUGGGCCCCGUAGGCGACCCGCUGCGCUACCAGCUCCCCUACGAGGACAGGGUGCGCGUCUGGCAACUCUACGGCGUGAGGGAGUCUGUGUCUCCCACGGCACAGCCAGGUGCCCCAGACCCUCAGGAGCCCCCCCUCUUGCCAGAUGCCCCUGGCAACCGGUCCAGCACCCUACCCAGGACGGAUGCACCUCACAGGUGCCACACCCACUUCGAUGCAGUGGCCCAGAUCCGCGGCGAGGCCUUCUUCUUCAAAGGCAGGUACUUCUGGAGGCUGACUCGGGAUCGGCAGCUGGUGUCAUUGCAGCCGGCACACCUGCACCGAUUCUGGCGAGGGCUCCCCCUGCACCUGGACAGCGUGGACGCCGUGUACGAGCGCCCCCUUGACCACAAGAUCGUCUUCUUCAAAGGCGGCAGGUACUGGGUGUUCAAGGACAACCACGUGGAGGAAGGCUACCCGCGACUGGUCUCCGACUUCGGCCUCCCCCCGGGCGGCGUCGAUGCUGCGUUCUCCUGGGCGCACAGUGACAAGACUUAUUUCUUUAAGGACCAGCUGUACUGGCGCUAUGACGAGCACACACGGCGCAUGGACCCCGGUCACCCCGCCCCCAGCCCCCCCUGGACGGGGCUCCCCAGCACGCUGGAUGCAGCCAUGCGCUGGUCCGAUGGUGCCUCCUACUUCUUCCGCGGGGACGACUACUGGAAGGUGCUGGACGGAGAGCUGCAGGUGGCCCCCGGGUGCCCCCGGCCCACAGCCCACGACUGGCUGGUUUGUGAAGAGCUGCCAACCCGCCCUGAGGGGACGGACAGGGGAACUGAAGAGGCCGGGCCUCCCGCACCGCCCGGCCGGCAGGGACACAGCCGCUCUGAGGACGGCUACGAGGUGUGCUCCUGCACCUCCCGGGGCCCCCCGGCACCCCUACUGGCCCUCUCCCUACUGCUGCUGUGCCUUGCUGCCCGGGGCCUGUUGCUGUGA